GCAAAGCCAAGCUGAGAUCUAGUUCAAAAGCUUGACACCUUAGCGUAGUGCAAAUGGUUAGACCCGGCAUGCCCAUGGCGCGAUCCCUUCAUUCAGACGUGCCAAACGUAAUGUCUCAAUCGAUUUCCGCGGUAUUGUUUACAGGCAGAACCGGCGAAAUGUGCAUCUUCACGGGUACCCUCAAAGUCUCUCGCAGCCCGAGAAACAAAAGCACGAACCCUGCUACAACAGCUUUCGACUUAGCCAUCUACAAAGCUGACCGAACCUUUUGAGUCGGCAUCGAUCUCAGUCAUUCUGACGACUGACACCUGAAUCCCCGAUCCUCAGACCACUGCAUCGAACAUGGCUUCCGUCUUCGCCCGGAGACCAGUCCUCAUCACUGCUACGGCUGUCGCUGUAGCAGGUACAGCCUUCUACUUCUCUCUUCCAGCACCAACACGUCUCGAUUCCGCGUAUAAUGAGGUCUCUAGGGCCCUCUCCUUCCCUCGAAAUAUGGUCUUCUCCCGCGACCUGAAGGUCAGAACCGUCGAGCGAGUCAAUCAUGACACCAAGAAGAUUACCUUAGAGCUGCCUGGUGGCGACAGUCAAAUCAGCGGCGUGCCAGCCUCAGCCGCAAUUCUAACCCAGCACACUUCCGCCACCUCCUGGUUCCCUAUCCUCCGGCCUUAUACCCCAAUCUCUUCGCCUGAAACACCCGGCAUCCUGCAGCUUCUCGUAAAAUGCUACCCAUCUGGCCGCGCCUCGACUCGCAUGCACUCCCUCCAACCUGGCGACGUUCUCACCGUCCGCGGCCCUCUUCCAGGGUACACCUACACGCCCAGCCUUACGCAGCCGCGCUCUGUCCUUCUCGUAGCGGGUGGCGCGGGCAUUACGCCCAUCUACUCCUUAGCCCGUGAGAUUCUGACGGCUCAUGCGGGCGACCAGACGCAAGUACAGCUGUUGUGGGGCGUGAACGGGAUGAAUGACAUCGUGCUUAAGGAUGAACUAGAGGAGUUGGAACGGAGGUAUCCGGAGAGGUUCAAGGUGACUUACGCCAUCUCGGGAAUCGGAAAGAUGGGCGAAGGGGAGAAAUAUAGGAAGGGGCAUGUGAGUCGAGAGAUGUUGGAAGAGGCGAUAAAGCGGUGUGAGGGACGGUUAGGUGACGCGAGAGGGAUGAAGGUGUUCCUGUGUGGGCCGCCCAAGAUGGAGGAGGCGCUUGACGGGAAGAAGGGGGUUCUUCGAGAGCUGGGGUUAGGGAGGAAGGAGAUAUAUAAGUUCUAAAUGGAUCGUGAGACAUUUUUAGUGCCGUGACAAAGCAUGCCUUGCAAGAUAUUACCAUUGUUUUCUUUUCUACGGAGCAGGUAUUAUAUGGGAAGAGGCAGAGGGCUGGAAGAUAUGGAUGACGCCGCUGCGAUGGUACCUGACGAUGGUCGAUGCAGAGCUGUUUUCAUUUUUCACAAGUAUGGCAGCUAGGGAGGCCGGACCAGCCUUAAAAUAUAUCUGACCAAGGAAGCGCGUAGACUGAUCAGACUCGAAGCAAGCUCUCACAGUCACAGUGGACGCGAACAACUAGAGACUGGGCGAAACGAGAUGGCGGACGCACAUCAGCGAAGGUUAUUAUAGAUAGAGCUCCAGCUAUUCUUGACCACGCAAGACGUACUGGUACGCCCCAAAGUGAAA